UGUACUGCGUUACUUCCCACGUCUGCUUAAGUAAAGCAGUUAAAAUACUUAAGUAGAUAAAUGAUUUGUAACUCGUUACUUUACACCACUUCUACUUUUACCAGAGUACUUCUACUAAAGUUACUGAGUGCCACCCCAGGGGAAAAAAACGGAAAAAAAAAAGUGCGGAAACGUGACAGAUCUGGCAAGACCGCUACGCGCUUGGUUUGACUAGCCCUUUUAUUUUCCGGGUUGCUCGGCUGCGGCUGCCAGCUGACACUCGCUGAGGAGGGGAGGUCAAAGCUGACUCGCUCGCUCGCUCUCUCUCGGUGUCUGUCGCUCGCUCGUGUCAGCGAGAGGCGGCUAACCGGCGCAGCAGCAGCAUCACCAACACCACCACCACCAUCAUGGCGGACCAAGGCGAAGCCCCGGUUCCUGUGCAGCCGCCGCCGCCGACUACAACUAGCUGGCCAAUUACCAGGGAGUCGUACGAGCUACAGGAAGUCAUUGGUAGCGGGGCCACAGCGGUGGUGCAGGCAGCCCUGUGUUCCCCCAGACAGGAGCGUGUUGCCAUUAAGAGAAUCAACCUGGAAAAAUGCCAGACCAGCAUGGAUGAAUUACUGAAAGAAAUUCAAGCAAUGAGCCAAUGCAACCAUCCUAAUGUUGUCACCUAUUAUACUUCCUUUGUGGUGAAGGAUGAACUGUGGUUAGUCAUGAAACUUCUUAGUGGGGGCUCUAUGCUGGAUAUUAUAAAGCACACAAGCAAAGAAGAGGACAAAAAUCUCGAUGAACCAAUAAUUGCCUCGAUUCUGAAAGAAGUCCUCGAGGGCCUGGACUACCUGCACAGAAAUGGACAGAUUCACCGGGACGUGAAAGCCGGCAAUAUUCUCCUGGGAGAAGAUGGAUCUGUUCAGAUUGCAGAUUUUGGCGUAAGCGCAUUCCUAGCCACAGGGGGGGAUAUGACAAGAAACAAAGUUCGAAAGACAUUUGUUGGCACGCCAUGCUGGAUGGCACCAGAGGUGAUGGAACAGGUGCGAGGUUAUGAUUUUAAAGCAGACAUUUGGAGUUUCGGAAUAACGGGCAUAGAACUAGCGACAGGAUCUGCGCCCUAUCACCGCUACCCCCCUAUGAAGGUCUUAAUGUUGACGCUGCAGAACGAUCCACCCACUCUGGAGACUGGUAUUGAGGACAAGGAAAUGCUAAAAAAAUACGGCAAAUCGUUUAGGAAGCUAAUAACUAUGUGCCUUCAGAAGGAUCCUGCCAAAAGACCUGCAGCUGCAGAGCUCUUGAAGAGUAAAUUUUUCCAAAAGGCUAAGAACAAAGACUAUCUGGUUGAAAAGCUACUGUGCCGUGCACCAAAGAUAUCCCAGAGAGCAAAGAAGGUGAGGCGGGUCCCAGGUUCCAGUGGCCACCUGCACAAGACGGAGGAUGGCGACUGGGAGUGGAGCGACGACGAGCUGGACGAAGGCAGUGAGGAAGGCAAGGCGGCGGUAACCCAGGGCAGGUCGCGGCGGGUCAAGGACGAGUCCAAAGAAAAUGAGGAGAAUGUCAAGAAUGUUCCUCUUGAUGGGUUAUCCAUCCAGCAUCCCCAGGUGGAGCCACUUGGGGAUUCACCAUACAUUGAAGGUGCUGUGAACAUGGUCCUGCGACUAAGGAACUCCAAAAAGGAACUGAACGACAUCCGGUUCGAAUUCACUCCUGGACGAGACACUGCUGAUGGUGUUUCCCAGGAAUUGUUCUCCGCGGGUCUUGUCAAUGGACACGAUGUGGUUACUGUUGCUGCUAACCUUCAAAAGAUUGUAGAUGACCCAACUACCUACAAAGUAUUGACCUUUAAGCUGGCCUCCUGCUGUGACGACACCGAACUCCCAGACGAGGUGAAGCUGAUCGGCUUUGCGCAGCUGAGUCUUAGCUGAUGCUCUCUUCAUGCCUCAAGCAGGUGAGACGGGACCUACACGUUCAGGGUAGACAGGUUGAGGAACAAAAAGCACCACCUCCAGCAAACAUCCUCCCUCGAACAACACCCCUCCCCUCCCCCACCCCCCACCCCCAAGCACCAAACUUCCUUGCGUUCCUCCGCCCAACACACGACCAGGGAUCAGGAUGAAGCCCAGGAAACUACACGUACUCAGGAUGUGAAAGAAGGUGAUUUGAAAUGUAGCUUUGAAUGUUCUAUUUAUUUAUUUCCUCAAAGAAUUUUUUUUUGUUUUACAUCACGUUACCUCUUGCGUUUCUCAAAGCUCUUGAUUAUUAUUUAUUGAAAUUUUUUCCCCCACUUCUGCCAAAAUGAAAUUUGCUUUGACUUGCAUCUGAAAAUCCCAACUCAUGUGAUUCCCUGCGUUUCUCAUGUGAAGCACAUUUUCAAAAUAACACAAUGAAUGUCUUUAAUAAAAAGUAAACGGAUUGUAUUCUAUGAAGGACUAUUAGGGCCACAGUGAAAAGAUAAAAAAUGAAAUUACAACGAUAAAGUCAUGUUAGGAGGAAAUAAAGGCAGAAUAUAAAAAAAAUAUGACAAGUGAAUGUCAACAUUUGCACACAGCGCCCGACAACUAUGAGUCAUCAUUUGAAUGCCGAUAUACUUGGAAUAGUAACACUUAAUCCUCACAGUUACGUAUUUUCCCUCUGAGUAUUACAAUUUGAUUCCCGUAAAAUAUCUACUCUUUUUUUUUGUGGUUUUUAUUUGUUUAUUCUCUCUCAACAAUUCAGCCUUGCACUGUUUUUUCUCAUAACAUUCAAUUUUGUUUCUCAAAAUAUUUUUGUAAAUGUAUUUUCGUUUGAACCUUAGUUUAGUCAUGUUACAAGACUUUAGCUUCAUGAAAUUACAACUCGUAAUUGCUAUUUCGGUGUGGCCCUAAUAAUCCUUCAUAGUGCUUUUAACAUGGACAACAAGUCUUGAGUGUCCAGGGGGGAAGAAAAAAAAAAAAAAAGAGAGAGAGAGAGCUGGGCUCUACUUGUGUUUCAUUUGCUGCUCAAGUCAUGACAGUGUUAAUGCUUCAAAACACUCAAGGUGCCUUGUUCAUUUUCAUGUGCCUACGACAGUAUUGUCAGAGGGAGACCCCACAAAUACGAAGCAGAGUCUGCUUCCGAUUUUAGUUUCACGCACGCGUUAGUCCAGCAAGUGAAGCAUCUUUAUGUUAAUGCACUUUUGGGCUGAGAUGUGUCUGCACCCGACAAGCAGAUGCCUUCGCCCUUAGAGAGAAGUUGUUGUUUUUGUUUUCCACAUAACUGCAGCUGUGGUGAUAUGACGUGAUCUGCUCUGGUUUAUCUACUUUCACAGACUCACUUUUCACUUCAUUGCUCUGACCUGCUGCACAGCAAGACUAAAUGCUCGCAAAAAAAAUAAAAAAAUAAAUGUUGCUAAAAUGUGCUGUGUCCACCAGAGGAUUACUGGCAACAAUACUGAAAUGGCAAUGAAUCUUGUGUGCUCAAACAUGUCCAGUAGCGCAAGAUUGUUUUUAUGUGUUGAUGUGUUGAAAAUCGUACCUAAUAACCACAUUUUAAUAAUUAGUUUUUAUGUACAGUAUGUGUACCCAUGUCAGCAUAGUUCACCUGUUCAUCCCGUGUAACCCAUUGCUUUCUGACAAGAAGCAACGAAUAAAUUGCUAUUUAAACAU